UCUAGUGCACGGAUCACAGACUCUCACUCUCACACUGAAAAAAUGGCCGAGACUGAACCCAAAUCCGUGGCUCCGGAGCUUCUGGAAUGGCCGAAGAAGGACAAGCGCCGCCUCCUCCACGCCGUCUACCGCGUCGGCGAUCUCGAGCGCACCAUCAAGUUUUACACUGAGGCUCUGGGGAUGAAGCUGUUGCGGCAGAGGGAUAUUCCGGAAGAGAAGUACUCCAAUGCUUUCCUUGGGUUCGGGCCUGAAGAAACGAACUUCGUAGUGGAGCUCACUUAUAACUAUGGAGUCACUUCCUAUGAUAUUGGGACUGGAUUUGGGCAUUUCGCUAUCGCUACUCCAGAUGUUUACAAAUUGGUGGAGGAUAUUCGUGCCAAGGGUGGGAAUGUGACUAGGGAGCCUGGUCCGGUUAAAGGUGGGAACAGUAUCAUUGCCUUUGUGAAGGACCCUGAUGGUUACACGUUUGAGCUUAUUCAGAGGCCUUCAACCCCUGAGCCGCUUUGUCAGGUUAUGCUUCGAGUUGGUGAUCUUGAGCGCGCAAUCAGCUUCUAUGAAAGGGCACUAGGGUUGAAGCUUUUAAGGAGGAUUGAGAGACCUGAGUACAAGUACAACAUAGCUAUCCUGGGAUAUGCUGAAGAAGACCAGACAACUAUUUUGGAGCUGACUUAUAACUAUGGUGUGACCGAAUAUACCAAGGGGAAUGCGUAUGCACAGAUUGCUGUUGGCACUGAUGAUGUAUACAAAAGUGCUGAGGUUGUUGACUUGGUUAUAAAAGAGCUUGGAGGAAAGAUAACUAGACAGCCAGGUCCAAUUCCAGGACUCAACACCAAGAUUACCUCUUUCCUGGACCCAGAUGGUUGGAAAACUGUCCUGGUUGACAAUGUGGACUUUCUCAAGGAACUGCAGUAAGCAAUUGCGUGAAGUGGAAGUAUCCGGAUAGUCCUUUCUCAUAUGAAUAAGAUGUAAUCCAGCUUCUAUAUUAGUAGUAGCCAGUACUGGCCGUCUGAAUGUCUGUUUGAGUGGUUUUCAGUUGUAUUAGGAGUGUUCGUGUGACUUUUGCCUAUUUCAAAAUUGCUGUUGAUGUCACUCUCUGCCGUCUUUAAUAUGGUUGUCACUAUGGUCA